AAUAAUAUCAGAUAAUAUCUGUUUUUCCCCUUUCAGCUACAGUAUGUCUACACUUUGAUUAAGAUCAAUAGUCCCAUACUUGAAGUGCAGAGCUGUUUGUGCUGUAGGACACGUUAAUCUAUGCAGUGCCUCAAAGGAUGUGAUGACUACUGAGGAUCUUGGAAACUCAGAAGGACCAUUUCCUGAGGAAAAAAAGAGAAAGAAACUCAGAAAGUUACCACGGACUGAUGUAAGGUCCUGGGAAGAAAGAUUGUCUGAUGUAGUAACUCCACUAUGGCGUCUGAGCUACGAGGACCAGCUUCAGUUGAAGUAUGACCAGCAGAGGAAGAUCCUCCUCAAGAUGUGUGAUCUCCUUAGAGCAGAGUGUCAGAAAUCUGUCAUGGACGAGGAGGCAUCCUCCAUUUCCCUACUGCCCAUACGACCAUCACCGGUCAAGGAGGGCUACUGCAGCAAGUCUACCUUCUCGGUCAACAGGGGGGCAGAUGGCAACCCAAAGACAGUGGGGUUCUACGUGGGCACCGGGAGGACCCAUGAUAUCGUCUGCGUCCACGUCGACCACCUCCUGACCACGCCAGAGAGGCAUAAGCUGGUGGCGAGGCACUAAGAGGCCUUCAUCCGUAUCUCCCCCCUGGAGCCCUGCUUCCUCCACAGGGGCGGGCACUGGCGGGAGAUCACGGUGAAGACUAACAUGACGGGAGAUGUCAUGGCCAUUGUGUACUUCCACCCCCAAAGCUUAACCUCUGAGGAGAUUAGCAUCCACAAAGCAGCCCUUCUGGAGUAUUUCACCCAGGGGCCUGGCACAGCCUGCCAGCUGGACUCCCUGUACUUCCAGGAGAGCUCCAUGAUGCACUGCAGCAGUGAGCGCUCCCCCUACCAGCUCCUGUACGGUGUGCCGUACAUUUAUGAGGAGGUGCUAGGCUUUAAGUUCCGGAUCUCUGCCAACGCCUUCUUCCAAGUGAACACUGCAGCAGCGGAAGUCCUAUAUGGGGCAGUGGCGGAGCUGGGUGGCAAGGCUUGGGGUGGAACACUCCUGGAUGUGUGCAGUGGCAUUGGAGCCAUCGGAAUCUCAAUGUCUGGUCACACAGAGAGGGUGAUCGGCAUUGAGGUCGUGGAGCAGGCCGUGAGGGAUGCCCAGGACAAUGCCUCUGUCAAUGGUGCACUGAACUGCAAGUUUCUGCCAGGGAAGGCGGAGGUGGUGCUGCCCCAGCUGAUGUCCUCGCUGAGCUCAGAGCAGGCUGUGACAGCGGUGGCUAACCCUUCUCGAGCAGGGCUGCACUACCGCGUGAUGCAGGCUCUCCGGAACCUCCCCAACAUCCACCGGCUCAUUUAUGUGUCCUGCAAACCAGAGGGCGAGGCCAUGAGGAACUUCCUCGAGCUCUGCUGCCCCCCGGACCUACAAAAGACGCUAAUAGGAGAGCCUUUCGCCCCGUCCAUCGCGGUCCCAGUAGACAUGUUUCCCCACACCACACACUGUGAGCUUGUGCUGGUGUUUGAAAGAUAGCAACUGCUGGAAAACUUUUAAAUAUAUGAGGCUGUUGCUGGGCCAAACGCUUCAAUGCAGCACGUGACAUUCAUUUUAGGGUGAUGUACUAAAAGGAUUUAAUGUAAAAGUGAUCAACCUCGAAAUCUGAAGUAUAACCUGUCGCAACAGCUUGAUUUAUAUGAAAGAUGUUCUUGAUCAUAUCUAAGUUUCAUUAAUGUUUAAUACUAUUGUUUAUGGUCACAUUAUUACCAGCUCAGAUACAUGGCCACGUUGUUUCACUAGAUGGCGCUGGAAUGCUAGUCUUGCUCAUAAAUUCAUGCUUGCCCUCAGCAACAAAAAA